AUGCGUGCCAUGAACUUCCCCGACGAUGCUCCGCUGGAUGCCAGCAUCACCGAUGGCUACGAGGUGAUCGGUACCGACGGCGAGAGCCAGUCCGAGUCGGCCGAGGCCUACGACACCCAGGCCUCCGAGCCCGGAGACGACGUCCAGAGUCUUGCUGACACCGACACCGGCACCGAUGCCUAUACCAAUGACGUAGACUCAGACUCCUCCGACGAGGAGGAGGACGACAACCACGAGGAGUUUGCCAUGGAGCAUACAGCCGAGUUCACCGAGCACAACGCCGCUCAGAGCGACGGAGAGGACCAUGAGAAUGAUAUGACAUACUCGGAGCGAAGUCUUGAACAUCCCACGGAGUUGUUCACAUCUGGCUCUCCCCAUUUAUCGCGGCAGGCAUCCCUCUCGGGUCAGGACGACCACACAGGCCACACGUUGCAGCAAGCACGCUCGUCCUACGAGCAUCUUGUCAAUCCCAACUCGGAGACUAUCAAGCGACCGAGGAAAGUUACCGAGACUACACACGAACACUCCAAGGCGGAUACUUCCGCCGAGGGCAAAUCGUUCUGGCGCAUCUGCAAAGAGAUGUCUACGCGCUGCAGGCAUGACAGAACUCUACAGAUGCGGGCUCUGUGGGUUGCCACGCUCGUCAUAAGCUAUUCUCUUGUGCACUCGAUACUGCUAAGUGAUGGGACGACAAGCCAGAGCAAGAUGCUAUCUACCGUUCCUGUGGCGUCCGUGUCGUCCGUGUCGACGUCAUCCACCGUUGAUUUUGUUGUUUCAACUUCUACGGUGACAUCAACCGUCACGGCUACAAGGAUUCAGUCCCAUGCCUUGCAGACAACCAGCUCCUCGAGGGGUUUGGCUAAUAUCCCUUCCCACGCUGACCUCGUCAUGAAAAAGAAGCUUUGUUCCGCCGACACCGUAGGUCGGAACGAAAUCUUACUCAGGGUCCCUGAACAGUUCAAGGCCUCAUGGCUCGCAAAGCAGGCAGUCAUGAUCUCUGUCAGCCGUGGGCUAGCGGAUAUACCCUCCGAAUCCACCAAGAUCACGUCGGUAGAGGAAGGAUUCGUCAUCGAGGUGCCCCUAGCAGAGGCCCAUGGCAUUCUCGACGUGUCGCUUGCCACAACCCGCAAGCCAAAGAUCAACGAGACCUUCCAGGUCAACUUUGGCAGAUUCAUGAUUGGGGAUGCGUUCGAUGCUGGCAAGCAACUCAUGAAGGGUUUCGCGCAGACCGUGGUCGACACCGUCAACGGUACAACGGCAUGGGUUGAGGAGACGUGCAUUCCGGCCUUUGACAUGAUGGCGAAGCAAGCCUCGGUUCCUGAUUCUAUUAUGCACGGCCUACGAGAGGCCAGCAGCAACGCCUUGAGCCUGUCUUCGCAGAUCUCGGACCAGUUCAAGAAAGCCUUCACGGAGGAGCGGAUGCGGCAGGCCGAGACGGAGCUUCUCCGGACGGCGCAAGACGUGCGUGAUGAUGUGGCGUUGGGCCUCCUCCGGGGCCAGCUGAGUUCCAAGCUCUGGUGGCUCAAGGUCCGAGGACGGACAGCGGAAUACGAGCAAUACCUGGCCGCUGCGGGGCCAUACUACGAGCAGAAGCAGGCGGAGGCGGCCCAGGCGAGCCGGGCGAGGGCGGAGCGUGUCAGGGAGGAGGUGCACGCCCGACGGAGGAAGGGGAAGCGCGAGGGCCGACGAUCGUUCUGGAGGGCCGGCGAGGGUGGAUUCUAG